AUGAGAUCGAGAUGCUGGGAGGCGGGUGACGGGGAGGGUGGGGGGAGGGGUCCGGAUGGCGGGUCUGGGCAGGCUGUAGGGCAGUAUUGUAGGGGCUGGACUGCGGCGUUUCUAACACGGCAAGUUAGAAUGGCGUUGCCAAGUUUGUAA